GCCCGGCAUGGCGGCUGCGAGGCAAGUGCUGUGUGUGUGGGCUUUGCUGGGCGUGGCGCGCGUUCGCUGCGAGCCCAUCCGCUACUCCGUGGCCGAGGAGGGCGAGAGCGGCUCGCCGGUGGGCGACGUGGCGGAGGACGCGGGGCUGGCCCCGGCGCAGCUCUGGGCUCGCCGGGCGCGCAUCGCCUCGCCGGCCGGCCGGCAGCACUUUGGCUUAGAGCGCGGCAGCGGCCGCCUCGUGCUCGCCGAGCGGCUCGAUCGGGAGGAGCUGUGCGGACGCUCCCGCACCUGCACGCUCGCCUUCGAGUUGCUGCUCGCAGACCCGCUGCAGUUCUUUCCCAUUGAGGUGUCCGUGGAGGACAUCAAUGACCACUCGCCGGUCUUCCCGGACGAAAGGCUGACCUUUAAGAUUUUGGAAACCAGUGACCCGGGCUCCCGUUUCCCUGUGCCAGCAGCUCAGGACCUGGACAUUGGCAGCAAUGACAUCCAGGCUUACAGCAUUGUUCCAGUGAAUUACUAUUUCCGUGUAUUCACUCAAAGGAGGCAUGAGGGCAGUAUGAAUGUUGAGCUCGUUUUGGAGAAGCCUCUGGACAGAGAGGAGCAGCCAGAGAUGGAUUUCACUCUCGUUGCAACGGAUGGAGGCUCUCCACCCAGGACUGGAACCGUCCAAAUCCACAUCAUUGUUCUGGAUGUAAAUGACAAUAAACCGAUUUUCACCCAGGAUACAUAUAAUGGCCAAGUUGCAGAAAAUGCACCUGAGGGCUCAUUAGUUCUCCAUGUGUUGGCCAGGGAUGCGGAUGUGGGAAUCAAUGGUGACAUUUCCUAUAAAUUCAUCCAAUCUGUGAGCCAGAGCCAACUACCGUUUACAAUCGACACUAAGAAUGGAGAAAUUCGAGUUAAAGAACCUCUGGAUUUUGAGGCUGCACGGAAGCAUCAGCUGAGCGUACAGGCUACAGAUGGUGGAGGACUGUGGACUCUCUGCCAUGUAUUAAUCGAGGUGGUGGAUGUGAACGACAACGCACCAGAGAUCGUGGUCAGUUCCUUCAGCAGCCCGAUCCCGGAGAAUGCAGCACCCGGGACAGUGGUCGCCCUCUUCUCUGUCACCGACAAGGAUUCCGGUGUGAAUGGGGAGAUCAGCUGUGCCCUGGCAGAACAGCUGUCGUUCUCCCUGCGGCCGGCCUUUAAGAACUACUACGAGCUGGUGACCGUGAGCGCGUUGGACCGGGAGCAAACGGCACGUUACACGGUGGUUGUCACGGCCGCAGAUGCAGGGUCUCCUCGUCUGAGCGGCAGCCACACGUUCACCGUGGACGUCUCGGACGUGAAUGACAACGCGCCCGUGUUCAACCAGACGUCGUACACCAUGUACGUGCACGAGAACAACGUCCCCGCGCUGCUGGUCGGGGCCGUGCAGGCAAGGGACGCGGACGCGGGAGCCAACGGCAAGGUGAGCUAUUCGCUGGUGGCGGCCGAUCCGCCCGAGCGAGAGCCGUGCUCGUGCGUGUCCGUGAACUCCGAGAGCGGAGCCGUGUUCGUGCUGCGGCCGCUGGACUACGAGCAGCUGAGGCAGCUGGAGGUGGUGGUGAGCGCUGCGGACGCGGGGUCCCCUCCCCUGAGCAGCAGCGUCGGCGUCCGCCUGCUGGUGGUGGACGAGAACGACAACGCGCCGCUGGUGCUGCACCCCAGCGCGCAGGACGGCGGCCCUGCUUGGAGCGAGCCGGUGCCCGCGUGGGCCGAAGCGGGGGACCUGGUGAGCAAAGUGGUGGCCGUGGACGCCGACUCGGGGCAGAACUCGUGGCUUUCGUACCGGCUGCUGAGGGCCACGGAGCCGGGGCUGUUUGCCGUGGGCGCCCAAAGCGGGGAGGUGCGGCUGAGGAGGCCGCCGACGGAGAGGGACGCGGCGAAGCAGAAGCUGGUCGUGCUGGUGCGGGACAACGGGCGGCCGCCGCUGUCGGCCACGGCGGCGCUCAGCGUGCUCCUCCUGCACGGCUCCCGGGACGCUGAGCUGCCGCAGCAGAGCCCCGCCGCGCACGACGACGACGGCUCCCUCACCGCCUCCUUGAUCGUCGCCUUGGUCUUGGUCUCGCUCCUGUUCCUGGUGUCGGCGGCGGCCUUUGCGGCGUGCAAGGCGUGCAAGAGCAAGGAGCCGAGUAGCGGGCACGUGCUGUACGGCCCCAGCGGCGUGCCGAGCUGCGUGGCUGACGGGGCCGCUGCCGGCACCCUGCCCCACGCCUAUUGCUACGAGCUCAGCCUCACCACGGGCUCGGGCAGCAGCGAGUUCCAGUUCCUCAAGCCCGUGCUGCCCAGCCUGCCGGCGCAGCGCUGCAGCACGGGGGUGGCCGGCGACGAUGCCGAGCAUUUCCCUGCUGUCCCUGUCCCCGUGGGGGAUGCUGAUGUCGAGAGCCCCGGGAUGCAGGCUGUGGGACAGUUUCACGGCUUGUAAUUAGCACUGCGUCUGCGCUUCAGGCAGCAUCAAGGCUUGUUUAGUGAGGCUUCUGUGCUUUGAUAGUUAUCUCCAUGUC